UUCGAGUGAGGGGGUUUUCCUGGCAGACAGCGAACGCAGCAUGACGCCCCUCCUGGACGCCGUGACAACAGACGCUGGUCUCGCAACGCGUCGUCCAGGUGUUCGGUGUGUGGUAUUGCGGAGAUCCGGGCGGUUUUGGAGCUUUACAUCUGCAUGAAAUGGCCUAACGCGAUGUGCUUUGUCUCCGAGCCCGGCUGUGACUCGGACGUCUGAAAUGUCGCCUCGCCGCUCCCCGCUGCCUCGUUCGUCUCCCGGAGAAUGAAGCGGGAGCACCGUUAAAAAAUGAAGACCGACACGGGCAUCAGAAUUUGAGCUGAGUGUUUAUACCUCGAGUGACAACUGCUAGCGUGUGGGCAAGACAGCUAGCCUGACGUCUCAGAAACCCGGCGGCGGCUCGCGUAUCGGAUUUGCGAGGCCAUGGCCGGGCUCAUCAAGAAGCAGAUCCUCAAGCAUCUGUCCAGGUUUGCUAAGAACCUGUCGCCGGACAAGAUCAACCUCAGCACGCUGAAGGGGGAGGGCCAGCUCACCAACCUGGAACUGGAUGAGGAGGUUCUUCAGAGCCUGCUGGACCUGCCCACCUGGCUGGCCAUCAACCGUGUGGAAUGCAAUAAGGCCGCCAUCCGGAUACCAUGGACAAAGUUGAAGACUCACCCAAUCUCUUUGACCCUGGAUAAAGUGGUGAUGGAGAUGAGUACCUGUGAUGAGCCCCGUCCCCCGAAUGGCCCGUCUCCCAUAGCAACAGCAUCAGGACAAAGUGAAUAUGGCUUUGCUGAAAAGGUGGUAGAGGGGAUGUCCCUGUCCAUCAACUCCAUAGUGAUCAGGAUCAGUGCCAAGGCCUUCAACGCCUCCUUUGAGCUAUCCCAGCUGCAGGUCUACAGUGUCAACACCAGCUGGAGCAUCAGUGACCUGCGAUUCACCCGCAUCCAGGACCCUCAGAGGGGAGAGAUCCUGACAUUUAAGGAGAUAAGCUGGCAGAUGAUCCGUAUUGAGGCCGAUGCUAUCCAGAGUGCCGAGCACGAGAUGUUGAGCGCCCCCAUCCGCCUCAUCACCAACCAGUCCAAGAUAAGAGUCACUCUCAAGAGACGGAUCAAGGACUGUAACGUGGUGGCCUCCAAGCUGAUUCUGAUCCUGGACGACCUGCUGUGGGUGCUGACCGACUCCCAGCUCAAAGCCAUGGUGCAGUAUGCCAAGUCCCUCAGCGAGGCCAUGGAGAAGUCAGCCGAGCAGAGGAAGAGCAUGGCCACAGAGGACCAGGUGUCGUCAGCGCCGCCCACAGCCCAGCAGGUGCGGACCCAGCAGGCGUCCACAGCCGCUGACCAGAGUGCAACGAUGGCCAAGCUGUUCAGCGCCUACGAUGUUUGUGAGACGUCCCACCACCUCCAGAUCACACAUCUCGACCUGCACAUCUGUGACGACAUCCAUGCUAAGGACAAAGUGAUCAACAAGAGGAUAACAGGUGGAGCCAUGCAGCUUUCCUUCAGCUCCAUCACUCUGGAUUACUACCCGUUCCACAGAGCAGGUGAAAGUUGUGCCCACUGGAUGCACUACAGCGAAGCCACCAAGACCAGGGAGGGCUGGGCGCGGAACCUUCUCGAUGAGUUCAAGUCCAACGUGGAGAUGUUAAAGACUACAGUUCGUGACCAGCAAGGCCCGGCCCCUGCACAUGGCUCCCCACAGCAUGGUAAGAUAAGCACGUCCUCCAGCAGUUCCUUCAGUCCUCCUCCCCCUCAAACCCCCAAGACGCAGCUCAUGUCCAGCUCCUUUGUUCUCAGGAUGGCUGACUUCAGCAUCUACCAGGUAUCAACAGCAGACCAGCGUCGAUCCAGCCCCAAAACCAUGAUCUCCUGUAAUAAAAAGACCUUGUACCUUCCACCAGAGAUGCCAGCCAUCCAUGUCGAGUUCACAGAGUACUACUUCCCUGAUGGAAAAGACUACCCCAUCCCGUGUCCCAACCUCUAUGCCCAGCUGAAUGCCCUGCAGCUGGUACUGGACCCUCGCAGCCUGGUGUGGCUCAACCUUUUCGCCCUCGACCUAAGGCAGAGUCUGGAGCAGUUCAUGGAGAUCUACAAGCUCAAUGACUCGCAGAAACCUGAUGAGCAUGUUGACAUCAAGAUUGACGGCCUCAUGCUCAAGCUGGUGAUUCCCACUGAUCGAGAGACCUCCUGCCCUCCCGAUCUGCCUCGUUCCAUCUCGAUACAGACUUCAGAAAUGGUGGCCACUAACACCCGGCACCCUGCCAACUGCACCCGCUCGCACCUUGAGGCCCUGCUUCAGGCCUUCGAACAGGAGCCCUUCUUCUCUUCAUCUUUCUCCUCAUUCCCUCGUACCUCCUCCUCUUUACCCCUCCUCCAUCCCGUCUUCCAGCGUCACGCUCACGAACAAGACACCAAGCUCCAUGACAUCUACCGGGGCCUGGUGGUGCCGACGAUGGGCGCAAACGCCCUCAAGAUGCUGGCCGCCACAGACUUUUGGGCGCUGCACUUUGCCCAAUUCUGGGUGGACUACGAAGGCACCCGUGGAGGAAAAGGGCGGCCGCAGCCCUUUGUGGACUCCUUCCCUCUCACUGUGUGGGCGUGUCAGCCAACAAAGCUCGUCCAGCACCAGGAGAGGCUUAGAAGUGCUGCUGGAUCACGUCUGUCCAGAAGUACAUCAGGAGAGGCUGUUACACGUCUGCAGAGGAAACGCUUACUAAAGGAGUAUUACAGUACUGAUGGUGCGCCAACAGCAUCUCAUAGCAAUGAUGCUUCCCUGCCACCCAGCAAUGGACUCCAUAAACCCCUCUCAUUGGACAGUCUGCCUUCCUCCUCCUCUUUAUCAUCAUCAAGUAAAGACGCAGAUGUGCAUGUUCUGGUGCACGUGCAGAAGCAUUUAAGUGCUCAGGUUAGCCACCGGCAGUAUGUGUUUCUGAUGCAUCUUCAGCGGAGCAUCAAAGCCCUGCAGCAGACACUUCAGCAGGACCUGGAAGAGAUGGGCUCCAAAAGGGAACGCAAGGAUCCCAGCCAGUGUCCUGCAGACCACCACCCCUUCACCGUCUGCCUGGGCUUCCUGCUGAAAAGCUCAGAGGUGUCCAUGCUCCUGAAGCCCAUCCCCCAGCCUGAAGGUUCGGGAUCUCCUCUGGUGUCCGAGCUGUCACCCUCAGAGAGCCGAGGAACUCUGGAGCCUGGGAGUGAUGCAGGAGAGGGGGCGGAGAAGGGGGAGAAGGGGAAUGAAGGGUCUGGGUCUGAAGGAGGAGCAGCCAAAGGGUCGUGCAUUGUAGACCAGCUGUUAUGUGGUGAAGGCCCCGAGGGUGGAGCCACGCAGGGUCCUGGCCCCCUCGUCCACACCUCCACCUCAACUUCACGUCCCGACUCAAAUCAUAAAGCCUUGCUUGAGGAGAGGACUUCAGCUAAGAACCCUGGGAGGUGGACUUCAGAUGAAGGGGGCGAGGCGGUGGUGGACGGGUUGGCUGUGGGUGACGAAAUGGGAGCUGGACUAGACUCUAAAACCCAGACAAGUGACCCUCUGUCUGACCCACUCAGCAGCAAAGACUUGAGUGACAAAGACAAGGCUGCAGCUGCUAGGAUGCCUCAGUCAAUAUCCAGGAAAGGAAGUUUGUCUGUGGUUUCUGAUCUCCUCAGCUCCUCAAACUCCAGCAGAUCCACCUCCCUUUAUUCCAUGUCCAACAUUGGUCGUUUGAUGCGGGAUCGCUCCCAGUCCAGUUUCUCAGUGUCCUAUAAGAACAUGAAGAAGAGUCCGUCCCUGCAGUCCCUGGACAACAUCUCCAUUGACAGCUACUUGAUGGAGGAUGGAGACACGUACAGCCUGCUGGAGAGAGAUGACGUGUCCAUCACAGGCUUCAAGGAUGCCAUCAGUGAACAGAGCGCCACAGAGAGCGCCACCGAGGCUGCAACAGGUCCGGAGCAGGAGGGAGGUGUGUCCCCCGACACUGUCAGCGCGACAUCCCAGAGCAUCGACGAGCCCGCCAAAGAUAUAGUAUCGGUGCUCGUGCUGAAGGUGCAGUCGGUGUGUGUGGGCAUGGAGGUGGUGGGCGAGAGCACGGCCGUGGCUCUGGAGGUGGGCCAGGUCACACCCAGCCAGCUGGGCAACGUCAGCCUCAGACAGUACCUCAGCAACCGCAGCCUGGGUAUGGUGUGUUCAGUACCAAUACCUGCUCAGUGCAGCCAAGCCGGUGCGGAGAUCAGCUCCGCGUCCCUCGGGGGCUUCCACAGUCCGGAGGUGCGGGCUCGCCUCGAGAGCGGGCCCUGUGCCGCCGCCCACUCUCCGCUGGCUGAGCGCAACGGCUUCCUGCAGCUGCGUCUCCACGGAUACCAAGCAAGCUUCCUGAUGUCCACGCUGCGUAACCUGGCCCACUUUCUGGAGGACGACUCUGCGCCGCAGGUGCUGCCAAUGGAGAUCAGUGUCAUGAACACGCAUGUAAACUUAAAGGAUGACGGUCCCCGAGACAAUGCCUCCGACUCCGAGCCCUCGCCGAUCACCUUACAAGUGGACAGUCUCAUCAUACACAGAAGAGACGACGGGUCUUUCUCUAUAGGAGUGGACGGAGCAGCGGAGGCCAAACGCAGGAAAGAGGGCGAAUUGACUGACAACUCUCUGACUCCGGUCGCUGAGGCUGCGGGCGGCAUCGGCGGCAUACCGAAGGCCACGCAGACCCAAGCCCCGCCCCCCAGCCCUCUUCCAUCAACCAGAGAAAAGAUGCUGAUGGAGGAGAACGAAUGUCUGAAGGUGGAGCUGUCCCGCGCCAAGAUGGCGCUGGCCGAGGCUCAGAUGGAGAAGGACUCGCUGCUCCACCGCAUGAAGAACCUCCGAGUCAACGCCAGCUAGGCCCGGCUCCCUCUUCACACCCAUCCAGUCAUUCAGCCCCCACUGGUCUCCAGUGAUAAAGACCGACACUGAUGGGCAGCAGCGAGCGAGGGUCCGCAAAAUAAUUCAAGGCAACGUCAGCAAGUACAGAAAAAGGGAUUUCUCACUACAGUGACUCCCUUUUACGUUCUUAUUUGUCGAUUGAGCCACCGUGUGACUUUAGACUUCAAAAUAAUUCCCUCAUAGAGCAAUGCAGAGUCUGGGCGAAGGCUCAAAAAUACACGAUUUUACACGCUUGUUGUCCGUUUUACGUUCUCCGCUUUGGACUCCGGAGCCUUGAUACAUUCGGAGAGCGCUGAAAAAGGGAGGAAUGACAUUUAGUGGGACUAUGUAAGUGUGUGUGCGAAAGAAAAGAGGAUGAGGAUCUAUAUCAGUGGUUGUGCCUACAGAAAAACCCCUCCCACACUUCUGUUGCGUAAGUUGAAACAAAAACAAACAAAAAAAAAAAAUCACAGCUAAUGUUCAUUCAGUCCUGUAGGUAUGGAGGCGUGCUGAAUGUCAUAUCUUCAGAGGAAUGUCUCGAAAACUGACUUAUUUUGCACUGCACUGAAAUUAGACUUAUAAUUUAGUGCUUUCAUAUUCGGAGGAGAUGAGACAAACAUGUUCUUCCUCGUCCUCAGAGUGUGUACAGUGUAUAUUGUAUAAGAAUGUGAACACAUAACUAUUUUCUACGGAACUUUGAAUGGUUACGCUUUGUUUCAGUUGAAUGUGUAUGUGUGUGCGUGGGUAUGUGUGUGUGUGUGUGUGUGUGUGUGUCUCUCGGCCAGAACAAGCAUUUCAUUACAAGUAAGGGGAUGAAUUUCUAUCUGUCAGUUCCACGGCUUUGUCAGCAAAAUGCCCCACACUCGUCUGCGCGCCCCCCCCUUCCUAUUUUUCUAUGUGUAAAUAGCUACUUAACAUGUGCAGCACUUUUAAAACUGCGGCACUGUAAAUACAACAACCAGGACUGUGAGAGAGCAAGAGUUGAGCCGACAAGUGGAGAGAGCAUUUUCGCAAAGUAACUCAUGUGUCCUCCCAUCUAAAAAAAAAAAAAAAACAA